AUGCUUUAUCUCUUGGUUCAAGUUAAUGAAAGUAUUAAACGUAUAGUUCCUGAACAUGUAGUGAGCAUAGAAUUUACAAAUAAUCAGUUUAGUGAUCUUUUUGGUGCAGUUACAUCAGGAGAAUAUGGUGAUAGAGAAGUAGAAGUUUUUUUAGACGUCAAAAGUCUGAAAGCUGGAAAAAGUCAUCAUAAAAAAAAUCCAUUAUCACAGCAAAAAUUGGUUUACCUUUCAAGUUCUCUUGAAUUAUCUGUCAGUCAACCAUGGGCGAAUAAUGAUGUGUGGAAUCAAGUAAUUCCUGCAACUUUAUCUUUAAUUGAAAUCUUAAAAAAAUAUGCAGAAUAUCUGACUAUAACUACUACCAAUAUGAAUAUUCUUCAUUAUAGUGAUGGAAGUGCUCGCAAUUCUGAAAAUGAUUGUACUAUGUAUCGAAUUAUUGCUUGUAAAAAUGAGAAUCUUAAUGAUAUUUACAGUCAGCUGAAUGAUGUUUUACUUGAAAAACAGAUGUAUGAAUAUAUUAAUAUUAAGCAAUUACACAGGUCAAAAAACGAUCUAUCUCACACAUAUCGGGUACCUAUAUAUCGGUGA